GGCAUUUCAUAUCUCGCGGAACGUAGACCGGAAAUGCUUUUCUUUGUACGCAUGAUUUCGAAAUCAUUUAUCAAACAACACGCUGCGUUUUAACCUCUUUGACCCGAAAUUUUUUUACACGUAAAGUAUUAUAGCUUCCAAAAUAUUUAUAAUAUUGAAUAUUAAAUUUUGUAGGAAACUUUAUAUCUACGUUGGGUCUGAAGGGUUAAUCUGACAGAUAGCUCGCGUUGUCAGUAUAUAUUUUUCAUUUUAUACGGUUAUCUAUCUAUGAUCGUAUCGUUCGAUUCUUUCUCGCUAUGCAGUCGAUACUUCUCAUACUCGUCACGCGUUUCAAGCCGAGCAAACAGACUUAACCGGGGAAUAUCGUGCGAUGCAUUUAUCUGUUUGUAAGCGAACGAAACACGCUAUUCCCCGUGCAAGAUAGUUACGUAUUUUUCAACGUUUCGAAUCUAUCAGGUUAAUUCUUUCGAGUGGCUUUGUCAGUUGCUCAAGGUCUUGUGCUUUGUGUUGCGGUAAAAAUGUUACGGCGAAACAUCGAUACAAUGUAUCUAAAGCCACGUUCACACGCGUCACUUUGGAUACAUAGUUUUUAUUUUCCUUUUUUUACUUUUAGAUAUACAUAUUAUAUAUCAUACUACUUUUUAACGUAAUUUUAACCUAACCUACCGAGUCGGGGAUCAUGGGUGUCUAACCUUAUCCAAAGCUGUAGAUCUAACCUGUCAGGACUUACGGUCCGUCUCCAUAGAGCGUUGAUCUACGGCCUUCGGUCGUUAUAUGUUAAGGGUUAUCUAGGAAUAUUUUAUCUAAAAUCGAAGGUGUUUCUAUCACGUAAGUGUCAUUUACCGAUUAUCGGCAGUGAAAUUAGCCGCGUGAGAAAUCUCGACAAACAUUUACGCUUCUGUCAGAUAGCUCCAUUUAAAUUUCAUUCGAUGCCCGCUUGACCUGAUACGAAGCGGAGUGAAGAUAGUCUCGAUACAUACAAGGUUCGUUCCGUUUUAAAUCCACAACUCGUCCGAUGCUGUUUAGCGUUCUUAUUUCGGGGUGGUAAGUAGAGAAUCAAUGUGUUCGUGUGCGUGACCGACUGACACGCAGCCGAAAGGUUAGUUAACAGGUAUAUUCUUGAGCCGAUGUACUUUCGUCGUUCCGAAAACUGUUCUACGAAUGAAAUUACCGUAGGCAUCGUUCGCGUUGAUGAAAUUGACCGCGCCGAUGAUAAUUAAAAUGCAUGCCAGUUGAACGAAAUUAAUAUGGCGGACCAUUAUUGGAGCACAAACAAUUAAUAGUGCGUCGAGGUCUAAUAGGGGAAACCAGAAAAACUUUCAAUUUAUAAAAAUUAAUUUUUCUUGCAACGAAAAUUGAAAAAUGGAGUCGCAAGGUUUUCUAAUUAGAAUUAUUUGAAUUUCGUAUUUCACCAGGCAAUGCGAGUUUUACUUUAAUAUAAACUAUAAGGUUUUUAAUAAUUAUUAUACUAUUUUAUCCAUGUGAAAAUCCAGCUGUCUUCCGGCAAGCACUUUCUGCAAAUCGCUAGGGGAAUCGAAAGCGUUUUCUUUAUCGAUCGCAUGGAAUUACAGCUCACGCAUUCUCGUUUCGAAACAAGCCUGCUUCUCCUUUCCAUAGGAUAUUCUCAGGCUAGCAAGUCUGUUGCGAGGAGAGACCCAGGUAGACGAGCGAGCAGGCAGGCAGGCAGGUGGUAGCCAAAGAAAGGCGGCAGGUCCACCUGGGUUUUUCAGGAAGUGGACAUCGCCCAUCCACAGAACGGUAUCUACGGUCCGUAUAUCCUUAGUUGGAAAGGCUCUCUUCCAACAGACCAUCAUUCGUUGAAUCGACUUUCUGACCUUACCUACCUUGAAAUCUCUACUUUGUCUCGUAUACCUCAAUCAGAAGAUAAAAAUUUCCCCUCUUCAUACAUUUAAUCCUUAAGUACUGUGACGGGGCCUGGGAAUACCCCAAGACACACUAGGUGUCUCAAUAAUUUUCAAUCAGGAAUUAAAUUUUCUUUGUGAAAAGGGGUCUCAGAAUACAUUAGUAGGAAGUUUAGGCUUUGCUAUUCAAAAGUUAUAGACUGUAGCUAGUGAUGGAGUGCGAAACGCUUCGAAUAUUGAAACUUACAAUUUACCAUCACUUUGCUAUAAGUAGAUUUACCCAAGCGAGUCUAAAUGUUAUGUUAAGUGUAGAAUAAUAUAAGGGCACUAAUUAGAAACUUAGACAAUACUCACCUCGUUAUUAGAUUUAAACCCUAAUUAGUACAACUUAUAUCACUCUAUAAGAAUAAUCUUAAGCUCGUAGACCAUUUAUAAAAGCAAUACCUUACUAGGAAUUAAGGUUCCUCAAGGACCUAAAAUUAAAGCAGUGUACCUUCCCAUAUGAACCCAGCUAGGAAGAAGAGCUGAACAGUCAGGGUACCGUGGCGCCCCUUUUUUCCACGGCUCCCACAGUACCUGAGGACGAUUGUUGCUUCGUAGAGAGAGAGAGAGAGAGAGUAAGGCUAUGGAGAGGAGCAGCCCUCGAGGGCUGGCCACAAUAUCCAUCAUUAUGGGGGAGAGGAAGGGAAUGCCGGGGAUGUUGGUCGUCUCUGUAAUUCGCUGUUGCGGUAUGCGGGCACGGUGACGCAUACGGGCUGAACCCGUACGUUCAUUUUGCAAAGGAAAAAAAAAAAAGAAAUGAGAAUUCAGCGACGAAAAACGAGUCCCUUAAAGUCGUGGACGUUGCGUGGCUCUUUGUGGGCGACGAUAUGCGGGCGGGUACAUGUAUGGUUUAUGAUUAAAUUGGGUUUGAGGGGGCUAAAAGCCAACCAAGAAGCUCGUUAAUGACGCCUUUAUCGUGGAAUUAUUUUUCUAAAGAUGACGAGUGUAAUUUCGAUGCUUCGAGGUCUCUAUUGUAUUUUCUAAUCCCCACCCUUAACAAUCUAGAAAUAAUUAAAUAUCUUUUUCGAUUGCCAUCGAGCGAGAUAUGACUUGGAAACGGUAAAAGGGACGGUGUUAAUCGUUAAGUUUAUGGUAGUCAGAGUUUUUGCCAGGUCAUCACGUUAAUUUCCCAAAGCGACGGCAACGAGUAAGGGCACAUCGUUAGUCAUCAGCUGUGACUAAGAAAUAACCGGAGCUUUAGUCGGACACGAAUUGCACAAGUUUUUCCAUGGUAUCAUGUAAACAAACGUAUAUAGAUCGACGAUUCAACGACACGUGUACCUAUAUAGCGUAUCAUCAGAACAGAACUGGCUGUCGUUUCCGGAUUGUUACGUUAGUCCGGUUCGUUUGUUUCGUGAAACCAGUAGAUCCAGUUCAGCAGGGCUAACGCGUGUACCUGUUACUGGUGCACGUUGCAUAAAUUAGGUCGCGUUAAACCUUUAUACGUACGAUGAACCUGUACAGGGUGUUUCAAGAAGCUUCGAUACCGUGAAAAUCAUAGAAAUUCUAUCAAUUAGUUUUCUCGAUCGAUUUUUGUGAAAUACUGUGAUAAAUAACAUUUCACUUUUUCGUCGGUCACGAGCACACACACUUUCGUUUACGCAUAAUUCGGCUCGAGUCAUUCUCAAUGGAAUUUUUUCGAGUUUCUCUAAGCGGGUCAUUUAAAUGAGAAAUCUAACGGAACCUUAAAAAGUAGGUUACCGAAGUUAAUUCUUAAAUGUAACAUAAAUACACUAUGCUUCAAGGGAGUAUUUUUAAUUUCAUCAUUUUUUUUUCUCAAAAACAAACCUCGCUUUUGCAACACUCUUGUAUAAUUAAAUUUCAGGUAUUCUCACUUUUGCAUUGUUUUUCACGCGACGAGUAUGUAACUCAUUGUAACGUACGGAGGUUAAUUUGAUACGUGUGCAUAAUGCAACGCACGCGAGGAGAGUUGCAUAGAAAUAAAAGCAAACCAGGAAGAAUCGAAAUUUUACCAGAAUUUUUCAUUAAAAUUUCUCUCGCAUCGAGAUUUAUGUAUAUUAAAAAUUCGUAAGGUUGAAAUUAAAACAAAGUGUGCGCCAUCGAUCCGGGUCGAAACGCAUCCUUCAGGAUCACUGAAUCUUCUCUUCGAAAUCGGACCUUGAAUAUUUUAACGCAUCCUCGUUUUCUUCUCGAAGGCUACAAGUCGACCAUUCGCACAAUCGUUUUCCCGGCUAUCUGACCGCGUAAUCUUUCGCUUCGAAAGCGAAAGACCGACGUGGAACGAAUCGAAAUGAAACCUAUUGUUCUUUUCGGGAAACAAGAGGAAAUUGUUGACUCCCAAUUUCAGAGAUUUAGAACAGUAGCAUUUUUUUUUACAAUACUCUACCUUGAUAAUUUUUUACCUAGAAUAUUCCAAAAAACAGAGCCAAUCCACGCAAUCAGCGUCAACAAUGAUCAGCAAGAACAAAGAAAAAAAAUUCAUUCGAAUAAAACAAAAUCUCUCGUCUGACCGGUACAUCCUUUGAGAGUAGGAGUAAAGUGGAAAUUUCUCUUCCUGUUUCGUUCUAACUUCUCCUCGCCUCUCUCUCUCUCUCUCUCUCUUCGAUUUUCCCUCUUACUUGGUCUCUCCAGGGUGCUAGCCAGUUUCGUGAUACGAGGCUGGCCGGAUCGAUAGAGAGAGCCUCGGUUCCUUCGUGUUCUCUUUCUCGAGUUGACGAUUCCUGGAGGAUUCGAAGGAACCGAGGCAGAUUUUCAUGGAUAGAGAGAGAGGGAUAGGGGGGUACCGACCUGUUACCUCGCUCUAGGGACCGCCCUUUGUCGCUCGCAAGCUUUUAAGGGCCAGUCGAGUGGACGACGAAAGUCUGCGGCUGAACACCAGCUGGUGGAAAAUCGAAAACGCCAGCUGCCUCUGGCUCCUCGACCGGCAUAAAUUCCAGCCUUUUGUACGUACCCUGGCGUAGGUCGAAUCUCGGCUACUUUACACCCGGAGAUCUGGACCCCCCCACCUGAAAAUACUGACUUGAAGAUAUCCGGAAUCUCUGAUACCGAGAUCCUUAAACGGAGAGGAAAUCUAAUUAACCCUCGGAUGGGGGUUGCCUCCCUCGAUUUCGUACGUUUCAUAUAUAUUUAUAAGCAAUCGAAGGGAAGGAAAGAGUUAAGAUCGGUUCGUGUGACCCCGAUCGCCAGCUUUUGGUCGCAUUGUUGUCUGGAACGGUACAUAUGCGUUCCUUUGCCGCGACUCCUUCGUCCUCGUCUCGACGGUUUUUGCUUUUGCUCGACUCUUUCUCGAGAGAGGAGUUUAAAGGUAAACGGGUUUCUCACCGAUCGCAGACACCGCUCGAGCCACAUCACCAGGAGACUCCUGCCUCUCUUGGUCAUACCUAUGAACGCGUACACCAUCUUCGACUCCGCUAAGUGUUCGUCAUCUAUUCCAGAAAUAACGCGCGACAAUUUGUCACCACGAUCGUUGCACAAUACUGUUCUGGUUUCGUUAAAAAUUUGCAUUCUAUCAAAGGUACAUAUUGCUCAUCGUGCUUGGUCAUAGCGAAAGGGUUAAACGGAGGUUAGAAGCCAUUUACCCCUUUGUUCGAGGCUGAAAUUUCUUCCCAGGAAUACGAGUUUGUCACGGUCACGAUGUACUUGGUUAUUGCAUUAAAGAGACGUAUUAGGCGUGUUAAGUAGCAUUUAAUAGCACCUGUUACGUUAGGUAGCCUAUUACUUUACUUCUGUUCUUGAUGGUAAAUAAUAAAUAUUCAAGUAUGCGCUUAGCUCUAGUCUAACUAUUCCUGCAUAUACAUUUAAGGGAAUAAAUGCUAGUGUCCUUGAUUAUAUGAUUUUUUAUGAUUUUAUGAAAGGUUUGGGUUAGAUGAAUUGUCAGGUUAAACAAGUUUGCUAUAGUCAGAAUUAUUCUGCUCCUUAUUUAGCGUCAUUAAUAGCAAAGGUAAUUAGCUAUUCUGUUCCACAGCCGGAUCAUUCAGUAUGCAAAUGUCGCGCACAACCGACUGUCGCUUAAGAAUUCAAGCAUCUCGAAAGGAAACUAAGUCGUCGGUUAUCUGAAACAUUCUUAUCGACCCCAUGACAUAUGGUAUGUUCACCUGGUGUCCAGCACCCUGUUUGCUCUCGAUACCGUGCUACCGGUUCAGAAUUUGCGCCAAGGCACACCUGACCAGACAGACUCGUUAAUAUACCACCCUUUCUGCAGUUGCCUUGCACGUGGCCCUUAACAAAGUUCCGAAGGGAUAACGUCCUUUUUUGUUCCACGAUAGGAUCGUAAUGAUUGUACAAGCAUUUGUUGAAAUUCAGGAAGAUUCUUUAAGUACUGGUGAUCACGAGGCAAAGGAAGACACCAUGCGGUGGGAUUCAGUCUGAAAGUCCUUCGUGGUCCAAGUUUCUUUUUUUAGAAUAUCCUAGGGUCGAGGAUCUUUGUUAAAAAAAAAAAAAUUCGCCACAAUCGUUGAAAGAUUUUUCUUUGCUGCGGAUGGGGCCAGGGUUCGCGCAAAGGCAGAGAGAGGCUGGGCCCAAAGCAACGGGGCCUGGAUAUUCCGGUUCACUUAAUCGUUUCUUCGGACUUCGGAUCGUGGCAGGCCAACUCUCUGUCCCUCUUUUGGCUACCUUCGACCGAAAAAAUGAAGAAAAAGAGCUUGCCCUGUUGUUGGUUAUACACGAGCGGGCACAGGAAAUCAUCCUGAGCCUAUCCCAUAGAAUCCUUUCCCAGUUGAAUAUUCUUCUACAGACGAGUCUUCGAAUAUCAGCGUGAAAUGAAAAAAUAUCGAUAUAUGUUUAUCUUUAGAAAUAGAUGAACCAUUAAUAAGUUUCCACUAUUAACGUGCGCACCCUCUGUCCCUUUGCGCAUGACCUUUCUUCUUGUACAAUGGUUUGCAUUAACAAAUUAUAGUUAUAUAAGAAUUUAUGUUUGAAAGGAUUUCUUGACUCUGUUUAAAAAUUAACGAUUUCCUUGUGACCUCUAACAUCCAUAUGGUUGUGUGUCCCAUAGCUUUUCACGCUUUUUCAAAAGUCACAUUAAUGUGCUUCGCGUGUCGAUGAGCCAUCGAAAAGGAGCCAUUCCAUUAAAUACAUUAUUUAUUUAUUUAUUUAAUAUUUGAUUAAACACUCGGUUUGCAUACGUUGCUCCUUUUCGUGAGCUGUCGAAUGGCGAUACUUUUGCCAAUGGCGAGCGAGAGAAACGAGAAUGAUGAAAAAAAAAAAAGAGAAAUGUAUAUGGAGGCUACGUGACCGAGAGAGCUUUUUACCGGAAAUGCAUCCGAGCUAGUCGCCACGAGCGCCAAGCACCAAACGCAUGCGAAACGAGGAAUGAUUUUACAUUCGUCAUGAAUUUUAUAAAGAGAAUCUUGAAAACAUUGUACUCUGCAAAUUCUGCGUGAAAAAACAAAUCGAAAAGUCCUGUACCGUUUUGCAAUCAGACCUUCCGUUCUCGAGAUAUUAGCGAUUAAAGAUUCGAUGUUUAACUUCCGGGGCGCCCCUACUUUCGACCACGUGAUCAGUUGCUUGGCCAAUCGCGUGAGGUUUACACUGCGCGCGCCGGAAGUCACACAUCCGAUUAUAUUCGCUUGUAUCUUGGAAAUGAAAACUUAGACUGUAAAAUGGUAAAGAACUUUUCGUUUUAUUUUUUCAUGAAGAAUCUCUAGUUUGAUGUACAAUCUUUUCGAGACAGCCUAUGUAUAUCUUUUAAUAAUUAUUGUUACUACAUAUUAUUGCAUGGUAUGUUUGUCUCUAAAUAACACCCCCUAUGCUAUGCCCGCGAAAUAUGCAUUCGUUUGGUACAAUUUAUUUGCAUUGUUAUAAGAUAAAAAGUUGAAUAAAUGAUUGCGCGGGGCCCUCGAGAUCGGUAGAGACGGUGGUGUCGUUUCGAGCCGCACUCGAACAUGGCGGCGUGGUCGGAUGUUCUUUCGACAUUUCGAAAGAGCAACAUGAAACGGAAAUCUCUUGGUUCAUCUAGCCUCCUCCUCGGUGUCAUCGUAACGUCGUUCGAAUAUCUCGCCAGGUUCGAUAUCUCGGAGGAGGACUUGAGUGGGGCGUGUGCAGGUUUUAAAAACAAGGGCCAGAAACUACGUGCAAAGUCGAACGAAAUUGUACGGCGAGGUUAACCUCUCUCGACGUGUCGACAACAGAGUAUACGAACCAGGAAAAAGAGAAGAGCUAAUAGAAAGACAGAGAACGAAGUUAAAAGUGUAAAAAGGGACGGAACGAGGCAAGGGUGGAAUAAGAUCGAAAGAGACAGAACAAAAGGGGAGGGAAUGAACGGCCCUGGAAGUCAUCAGCAUCGCGGCUUGGGCAUGCAGGGACGUUACAGGGCCGUAGUAAACGGUGGUACCCAAACGGGGCCCCAUUCACGGCCUCCAGCGCCCCGUGGUGGAUGGCACCCUCAUAAUCAACACCCUCAACACGCCCAGAUACCUCAGCAAUACACCGGCAACAAGGAAUAUCCAUAUCGUCAAUGUCCACCGCCACGCUUCCAUAACGGGGACUGUCCCGGAGUUGGUACGUCUUCCGGACCGAACGGUAAGGAAGUAUCGUAUCACGGGAACGUAGGCGGAUCCAGCGUGGGGUAUAAACCGCCCCCGCAGCACAGUCCGCAAUCGAGAGGUCCACCGGCACAUUUUCCACAAGAGUCUGUGGGUCCUCCGGCAAAUUCACCGCCAUUGCAUAUCAACAUCUGCGGCCAAGAGAACACGAUGCGUGGCCCGUUAUUGAACAUGAGUCCAGGUCUCGGAGCUAGCGGCGUCGAUAUGGAGUAUCGUAGAACUUCUCAAGCCACGAAUCAGCUACCUCUGAGUCCUGUACAAAUACAACCUUCGCCGCCGUAUUACAGGCAGCCUAGUCAAGACGAUGGUAGAAAGAGCGAGUCACCGUCGAGAAAACGUCGACGAAUAUCACGGAACGGUGCCGUGUCUGGGAUCGAAGUACGAGAGACGACACCACAGUCACCUACACCACCGUUACACACAACUCCACCGCCAUGGGAAUUUUCACCGGCACCCCAAAGACGAUCACCUCGCAAUCAUAUGUCCACACGCGGUAGUCCAACAAUUCGAAAUCGUUACCAACGAUACACCGACUCGUUCGGAUUAUCCUAUUCCUUCAUUCCCGGCCACAAUCCUCAUCCGACGAUUCACAACUCCCACCAUGGUAUCCAUGGCUCUCAUCACAGUAUCCACAACUCGCACCAUAAUCUGCACAGUUCCCAUCAUAAUAUGCAUAACGCGCAUCAGACGCAUCCCCAUCAUCCACCGGGUACAGGACACCAUCCUGCGCAGGGAGCGAACGGUCCUGUGGUCGUUGACGUUGGACAAGUCGGUGUUUCCGGUUUAGGGGUGGCCGUCAGCGGCGAACCCAUCUGGCAUCCUCAAGCGACAGGUUACAGAAUUCCUUGUCAGCUGCACAGUAUAUACACACCGACUGGGGCACACGCGUUUGCGCAUUCGUGUCAGGUCACACAUCACCAUAGUCACUACCCAUCGGCUCAUCCGACCCAUCCAGGCCACAGCCUAGUCGGAUAUCCAACGCCAACCGGAGGUCCCGUGGCGGCUCUUCAUCAUGCUCAUGCACCUCCACCGCCCGUCCAUACUGCUCAUUAUACUGCGCAUCAUCAACUCUCGCAACAGAGAGAAGUUGAAUUAGAGUUAAUUGAAUCCCAUCAUCAUCACCGAGUAGGAGCCGCAGCCGGUGCUCCGUUACCAUUGCCGCACUCGUACUCGCCGCCAGCUCUCACUCAAGUCACGACUCCGACUCCUACUCCUAUAUUCCUGUCAGAAACUAGAAACAGUCAAUUGGAAAUGAUUCAAUCUAGAAAUCGUCGUACAGGACCGAACGUUCACACGGUUAGACGACCAAGGUCGGGUAGAUGGAGAGGUACACCUCCGAUACCGCAGACUUAUCCGGCAUUCUUACUACACUUCUUAGCGAUGUUCAGCAACCCACCAUUAUCGCCGUACAGUCAAGCGGAGCUUUCAUCGCCAGAUUCGGCAACCGAAAAUUACGAGGCUCUACUGUCGUUGGCUGAAAGACUGGGAGAAGCUAAACCACGAGGACUGACCCGUGCCGAAGUCGAACAGUUGCCCUCGUACAAAUUUAACGCGGAAACGCACCAGGGAGACCAAACGAUCUGUGUCGUGUGCAUGUGUGACUUCGAGGCUCUGCAGUCGUUGCGCGUACUACCCUGCUCCCACGAAUUCCACUCGAAAUGCAUCGACAAAUGGCUUAAAUCGAACCGAACGUGUCCAAUAUGCCGUGGCGAUGCCGGACAAUAUUUUGGAAACGCCAGUACCGGUAGCGACUGACGCCAAGCUGCUCAAGUGCACUAGCGCCAACUGUCACGGAUCUCAGGGACGCUACUUCGCACAGAGCUACCAGCCAUCAGGUUGCUGGUUUGUGCAAAUUUCUGUUGACGAGCAUUUCUCUCGUAUCGAGGAGGCUGGGAACAAAGACGACCGCGCGGAGUUGCGGUCCAAACCAACGGCAGAACCGAGCGUGUCUGCUACAACCCUUCAGCCAGAGGAUUAUGAAAAUCGAAGAACGAUUAAAAAAAAAAAAAAAAUAAAAAAAACAGAUGAAAGAGAAAAAAAAAUUUAAAUUCAGGGUAUGAUCGUGUGUCGGGUGUUGAGAACAAAAAAGGACCACACGCAAUAAAGGUACACGAUUUUAAAUUAACAGCAUGCAACAUUUGUACGUUGACGAAUGAACGUUUCUCGCGUGUUUAUUCCAUAUUGUUUUUUUCUUCGGAUAUUAGAGAAAGGGGAGAGAAAGAGUAUGUGCGAGUGUAUAAAAUGUUGUAAUAAGCAAUCAACUGAUGUUAGGGACAAACGAGAAAGAAGAAGAAGAAGAAAGUUUCAGAGAUAUUAAAAGCUACACAAGCAUUUCACGUCAGAGUUGGGAAUCUGACGCUUGUUCGUAUAUUAUUAUAAUUUUAUUUUAUUUUUCUCUUUGUUUCAACUAGCGCUUUGACAUUUACGUAUUUAACGCUCGUUUGUUGUUUUGUGUUGCUACUUUUUAGGAGAGUAUCGGGUAUAUAUUGUGUACAUAAGUACUUGUAAUAAUGCAACUAUUGCCACUUUCCAUUAACGUUCCAAUUUUUAUUAUUAUUAUUAUUACUAUUAUUAUAGUUGUCUUUUUAAUCCUACGAAUUGUACAUAAUUACGUAAAACACUCCUAUUAUACAUACACGCGCGUAUAUGAGUGUGUGCGUGCAUAUAAAACCGAUUCUAGGUAAUUUGUUUCUUUUUGUUAGGGAGGGGGGGGGGGGGGACGGGGGGGCACUUAACCAAAUGUAGUACAUAAAUUCUUUUCCUUUUUUUUUCUUCUUGCAACAAAGAGGACAAGACGUGUUAUUGUGUCGGGCAAUGAAGAAACACAACUUCCUAACAAAUAUAAGCUUUUUGUGUCUUUGUGUAGGAUGGGUGAUCAUUUUGUUAUUAUCAAUAGUUGCAGAAAUAAUUACCGGGAAGAGAUGAUUUAUUUAAUAUUCGUUUCUCUCGCGGUGGUUCGUCGACAACCGUUUCCUUUCUUUAUCUACUUCAAUGAUCCUUCGAAACCGUGAGAGGAAAUAAAACAAGAAGUCAGUCGAUUCAGCAAUAGUUUACUAUACGCAAAAGAUGCAAAACUAAAUAAAGAAGAAAAAAAAGAAAGAAAAAAGAGAAAAUGAUAAAAGAAUACCGCUUCUGUUUCCUGCGUAUCUACCUCUAAUAGAUGAAAUGAAACGAUUCAUAUUUUUUUAUACACACAUCUCAUAAACAAUAAACGUACGUACGCUAAGAAAACCAAAAAAGAAAAUUUAAAAAAAAAACGAAUAAAAGAGAGAAAGAGCACACGCGCGCGAGGGAGAGAAAAAUAAGGAUGGAUUAGAAGAAUCGAGUUAACCGCGAUUUCGGAAAUUUUCAAUAUUAAAUAACAAACUUUAACGAUUAAGAUUCGUCGGAUAAAGUAACGUUAAUAUUUAGAAAGUCCCUGCAGAGAAUCUAUGAUAUUCGUUCCCAAGAAUUUUUGGAAAAAAUCUCACGGCUGGACACCACGUGUCGAUUUUUCUCUAUCUCGAAGAUCUGUAAGAGAAAAAUCCACUCUGAUCAUUCUUUUUUUUUUUUUUUUUCAUUAUUGUUCGAGAAAUUAUAUAAUCUUUUGUUGCAUUUUAAAUUGUUAUAAAGCUGUACCGUAGAAAUCUAAUGGGGGAAAAGAAAAUUUCUUGUUUAGACUUUUUGAAUUUGGUGCUUCGUUUCUCGCGUGCAUAGCUUUGGAAUUAAUAAAAAAAAGCACUAUAUCUUUCAUGGAUUUUUCCAUUUAACGCGUUCGCUGUCGAUCACGCGAUAUCGCGGGCCUGAUCAUCGACGUUCAAACGUUGAGGCAUCCAGCGACCGACUUUACUUUUGGAAUUCGGCAGCGAAUGGUAUUCGAUGUGUUAAUUAGAUUACUGUUGAAUUAAUGAAAAACAUCACGUGGUCUUCUCUCGUAACGGUGUAAAAUAGAGAUCGAACACGAAACGUGUAAUGGGUUCUUGAACUGUCUCCUUCCAUUUCUUAUCGCGUGCCUUUACUGUACUUGACCGGGUAUCGGGAAACGAUGAGAGUUCAUGGGGAAAAAGGAAAUAGAGAAAAUGAGAAAAAAUUUGAAAAACCUGAAUUGACCCUCGAAUCCUGUGAACUAGAAAGUUCAGGUGAAUUUGAAACAUUCGUUCGAGUCACAGGAGGAAAUGUACAUUUGGAGCAGAAAAACAAAACCACUUAAUUAGACCACGAUUUGGCAAACUGUAAAUUUCUUUUAAGAUUGUUUUAUUUUAAUUAGUAUACUUUAGGUAUAAACCUACAAUUUUGGAUCCACACAUUAAUUUUUGAAUAUAUAAUAUAGAAUUGAACGCUACAAAUAUUUGAUAUCAACAUGUUAAUUUUUAACGAACAAAUAGAAUAGGUAAUUAGUUACAGUUUAUCUUUUGCAAUCGAAGUAUGAAACUAUAACGUUUGCCAAAUAAUUUCCUACCUUUCGCAUCGGUGUAGCUUCAUUUGUUAAAAAUAUUUUAACAAUUGUUUGCCAAAAUCGUGCGUGGUCUAACGCGUGGCUAAAUCAUCGCAUUACCACCGUGUCUACCACCUAUAUCUGGCUAGAACAGGACCAACGAGCUUUAUUUUACACUCUGACAUUCUACAAUUUGAAUGUAAACUGAUAUUUCUCGGUCAAUACUUGGAACGAUACUCUACGUAGGACGUAACAGAAUUUGGAUCAUUAAUUACACCUUAAUUUCAAUUUCCAUUCGAUUGAUACGUGUUCUACUUGGAGUAUCUUAGAAUCCAGUAAGUUUCUAGCAGAGCGAAUAUACUCGUAAGUGAAACUCGUCCGUGCAACCGUAUAUACGUAAAAAAAAAAAAAAAAAAAAAAAAACAUGUACUUUUUAGUAGUUUUGUACGGGUCUAAGGCUGCGUUUGCGAUCAUUCAGAAAUAUCAUUUGAUCGAGACUAAAUGACCAUUCGCUGUUCACAUUCGAAGAAUCUAAAAUUAUAAAAUUAAUAGAGCGUCAUUUAAUUCGAUCAAAUAAUAUAUGAAAAGGUAACACGUGCAAGCACAAAUCAAAAGAUAUUGAUUUUCAUUGUUUCAUUUGGUGGAACAAUAUCAAAAGCUCGUGUAUACAUGUAUGUAUGUGUGCGUGUGUGCGUGUUGGUUUUUCUUAGAUGCGUUUUAACAGGAACACAUAUCACUUAAUCUCCAUCGUAAUCCACGCGUCUCGCACGCUCGCCCUUUUUGUCGCUAGACCCGGCCAGAGAAAGAACAAAAGGGAAUGGCUCAUUUUUUUACUAGCUUAAGCGAAAGAGACGGAAAACGAUGCGUGAACGUGCGUGUGAAUUUGUCGAAAGGGACGAGCGUUCGAUCGGAAGGAGCUAAACGCCGAACAAGAUCUACACAUCCGGUGUUCAGUGAACAAAACUACUCUUUUUCUCUCAUCGGGCUUUUCACAACUUUCCAUAUAGCUUGGGGAAUCUUUUUUUUUUUUUAAUCCCAAGUAGUAUAACAUUGACGUAACUAGGGAGGGUUCAAAGUGGCCCCCAUAAUCUAUCAGAAAUGAUCAAAUCGAUACAAAAAUAUUGCUAGCAGCCUGAGAUAAAAAAAUACUAAUUACGUCAGUGAGUAAAUUUAAACGCGAAUUGGAAUCUCUUUCUCUUCUACGUUUCUGUGAUAAAUAAUAAGAAACAGAAAAAAGAAAUAUGGUAUUCUCGUGAUAUAGAAAUCUUCUUAUUUUUCCUGGGCCGAUUCUCGACUACAGAGGUUACUUUUGACCCCCCGUCCAACGCUCCGUCCCUUGAUACGCUUAGAUUAAGCUAGGCAUAAUGUACCCUUUAAAACGCGUACCUUAAGCACACCCUGAAGCCUAGUGUACCAGUCGCAGCAGAUAAGAUACAGAGAUCGGUACCUGGAAUUAAAAUUUAAUAUAUCUUAGUGACUUUAAGUUUCAUAUUUAGAGGGGUUCCAUUACUAUGCCCUGUACAAUUACUAAUUUUAAAAUUGCAGAAUUAUUUUCCAUCGCUGUAGCCAUGAUUGCAAUUAUUCAAAACGCUACUUAUUUCAAGAUUGAUUUUCAAAAAAGUGGUGUACAUUCAAGGUACCGAUCUCGAUGCAAACCAAGUACCAAAAGAUUCAAUUGUUCCGAUAUGUACGAGGUUGUAGAGGUAAAGUUGAUUUGUAUAUAAAUGAUACAUCCGUUUAUACACACACACACACACUGUACAACACGGAUGAAAAAAAAAAAAGAAGAAAA